AUGCGAAGAGGUCACUGAGCUUGGCUGUGUUAGCCAGGUUUAGGUGGGGCUGGACCGGGUAGGGAUAGGGGACUGUCUGACCUCUCCCAGGGACUGUGUUCAGGGAACCCAAGGGAAUCUGAGAAGGAAGAGAAAGUUACUACCUUUGACACGUGUGGCAGAGUUCUCUGGAACCUCUCCUCUGUUCCUACCACAGGAAGGCCACAGGCACCAGGGCUAUACUGGCCUAAACCAUAGUUCUGUGCUGACUGAGAGGUUCUGAAAUUAGAAAAGAGGUCUAAAUCCUGCUUCCAGGUUUUUGUGAGGUGGAGAAAAGCAGAGUGACCUGGGAGAAGUGGUUAUCAACAACACAGCUGGUGACUUCUUCCCUGGGGGCAAGCUUCGCUGCUGAGUUGCUUGGAGGAGCUUGGAGAAACCAGAAGUGAGAUCCUGGAGUGCCAGGAGCCCUUCUCCCAAAGAUGGAGAAAUAAAUGAAGCAAUACAGGAAAAUAAGCAUUGGGUGUUUUGCAAUGGCUACACAAACUAGUCAUGUCUUCCAUGGUCAAGAAAAUAUGUUUCUGGAAAACUAUUGCAUUAGGAGAAACACUGGCAGAGGUUCAAAGAAGCCACUAAAGCAGAAGAAUAUGAAUGGACUUGGUCAAAAUUCGGACAAUGGAUUAUUGGUUACACAUGUUAACCAGACACAGGACUUACUGAGGCUGCAGGGGAGCGAGACCCAGUCUUCAGAUUGGGAGGACUCUGAAGACUGGCUUUCGGCUCACAGUUUAAAAUGUCAGAAACUCACCUUGGCUGACCUGAUAAGCCAGGGCACAGAAGUGCUGGAGGAGGGCACCAAUGUCGUGCAGAAAAUAUGUUUCUCCACCGAGAUCAUCCGCCAUUUUGAGUCAAAGCUUUCUGACACUAUUGAAGUCUAUCAAGAGAGAAUUCAGUGGCUCACAGAAAACAGCAAGAAGGCAUUUGGCCUCAUCAAAGGGGCCAGAGUCAGCAUCCUCAUAGAUGUGUCAGCCAUCAGCAGUGGCCCUCAGAAAGAAGAGUUCCAAAAGGACCUCAUGAGCCUCAUCGAUGAGCAGCUGAGCCACAAGGAGAAGCUGUUUGUCCUGUCCUUUGGCACCAAUGCCAGGUCCCUCUGGCCAGACCCCAUGGAAGUCAGCGCCUCCACCCUCCAGGAACUUAAGCUCUGGGUAAAGACACUGCAGCCUGAUGGAGGCAGCAACCUGCUACAAGCUCUGAAGAAGAUCUUCACUCUCAAGGGACUGGAUUCCCUGGUGGCCAUCAUGAGAAGCUGCCCAGAUCAGCCUUCUGAAAUCCUGUCCGACUACAUCCAGCAGUCCACCAUGGGAAGAGACCUCAUCAUCCACUUCAUCACCUACAGAUGCGAUGAUCAGAUGCCCCCUGCUGUCCUGAAGAACCUUGCAGAAGCUGUUAGGGGCUACUACCACUGCUACAGCCCAAAGAUGGAGCACUACACCAGCCGGGACAUGGAUGAGCUCCUGGCAGAAAUUCAGAAGGCCCAGAGCCUCCUCAGCCACGUGCAAGCCCUGCAGCACAGCAGCCCCUGUGAGGCGCUCACCUGUACCAUGGAGGAGAUUUCCACAGAGAUUACAAAUGGGCCACUCAUAAGCCUCUUGCCUAAACCCCCAAAGCAUGAUGCUCCUCUCACCAUUGAGUUUCCAAACUUGGACAAGACUUCUGCAGAGUGGCUUAAGGUCAAUGGUCUGAAAGCCAAGAAAUUAAGUCUAUAUCAGGUCCUGGCACCCAAUGCAUUCUCUCCUGUGGAGGAAUUUGUACCUAUUCUCCAGAAAACAGUAUCAUCGACCAUCCAUGAGAAGGCAAUGAUACAAUUUGAAUGGCACGACGGGACAGUGAAGAACAUUCAUGUGGACCCACCCUUCCUCUAUAAGUACCAGUGGAAUGAUUAUACUGCCUGGAUUCCCAGGGACUUGACACACCAUUCCCUGAAGCCCACCCAGAAACAGCUCAGCAGAGCUAUGCGGAUGUAUGAGAGGCGGAUUGAGUGGCUCUCCCUGGCCAGCAGAAGAAUCUGGGGCACAGUCUGUGAAAAAAGGGUGGUUGUACUGCUCGAUAUCUCUGCGACCAAUUCCAUGUACAUUAUUCAUAUCCAGCACUCCCUGCGGCUGCUGCUGGAGGAGCAGUUAUCCAACAAGGACUAUUUCAACCUCAUCGCGUUUGGAAGCACAAUUGAAAGCUGGAGGCCUGAGAUGGUUCCCGUGAGUCACAACAAUUUACAAAGUGCCUGGCGGUGGGCCCUGAACCUGCGGUGUCGGGGCAGCAGGAACGUUCUCAGCGCCCUGCGGAAGGCUGUGGAAGUGGACUUCAAGGACAAAGACAAACACCAAUCGCAGGGAAUCUACCUCUUCACUGGGGGCAUCCCCGACCAGGACAUGCCUACACUCAGCGCCUACAUGGCUGAGGCCUGUGGCGGCUGCGACCUCCAGCUGAACGUGUGUCUCUUCUACGUGGGCGAGCCAAAGAUGGACACCACGCCCCCUGCCCGCUAUGCCAGUCACACUGACACAGCCGCCGCCUACAAGGAGGUCACCCGGGCUGCAGGUGGCUGCUUCCACUGGUUUGGAGACACAGGCAUUUAUGAGAGCGAUGACAUCAACUCCAUCAUGUCUGAGAUGGAAAAGGCUCUCAACUACUCCCAAAAGUGUGCCUUCCUCAUGGCCUCCCUGAAGAACCAUUCAGGAAAAGUGCUGGGAAGUUCAGCCCUCCCGAAAGAAAAACCAAAGACACUUCAGCUAAGAAGUCAGCCCAAGAAGCUCUGCCCUCCCAGGCCCACCGUCCCCCUGGGGGCCAGAAUGAGCAUUAAAGAUGACCCUGACAGAGAGAAGAGCCCCCCACUGAAAUCUCUGAAAUGGCGUCCACUCAGUAGCAGAGUUGGCAUCUCACCAGCUGUGGCCCAGCCAAUGAAAGAAGGGAUGAUGGAACUAAGGAGGAAGACCAAGUCAAGGGAAGCAGAGACAUCUCUUUUACUGUUCUACACAGAGAAAGGGAAUAACGUGGGCUCGGUGUACAAGAAGUACCCUCAAGGAAGGGGCUUGAGAAGGACUAGCUCUUCUAUUGACUUACCCAGAAAGGAUACAGUUUGCUCAAGCCAAGAGUGGGUGGCAAAAUAUGGGCUCAAAAAAUUGAAGCUGGAGAUUUCCAGAUGCAUGGGUCCCAACUGCACUCAUCAAAAGUCAGGACAGAGGUCAGCAUCAGCCAAACACUGCAGCAUCUUCCCCAGCGUUGAGAUCCAUGGAGUGGUGAGACACAUCCAGUGGACGCCCAGGGAGAUGGAGGUGUACAUCAGGCACUUGGAGAAGGUGUUAAGGCGCUAUGUCCAGAGGCUGCAGUGGCUGCUGUCCGGGAGCCGCCGACUGUUUGGCACCGUUUUGGAGAGCAAAGUAUGCAUAUUGCUGGACACGUCAGGGUCCAUGGGCCCCUACCUGCAGCAGGUGAAGACAGAGCUGGUUUUGCUGAUUUGGGAACAGCUGUGGAAGUGCUGUGACAGUUUUAACCUGCUCAGCUUUGCAGAGAGCCUUCAGUCGUGGCAGGACACGCUGGUGGAGACCACAGAUGCAGCGUGUCAUGAGGCUAUGCAAUGGGUGACCCACCUGCAAGCUCAGGGCAGCACCUCCAUCUUGCAAGCAUUGCUGAAAGCUUUCAGUUUCCAUGAUCUGGAAGGAUUGUACCUCCUGACCGACGGAAAGCCAGACACAAGCUGCAGCCUUGUCCUAAAUGAAGUCCAAAAACUCAGGGAGAAAAGAGAUGUGAAAGUGCACACCAUUUCCUUGAACUGCUCAGACAGAGCGGCGGUUGAGUUCCUGAGAAAGCUGGCUUCCUUCACCGGCGGACGCUAUCACUGCCCUGUGGGUGAGGACACACUCUCCAAAAUUCACAGCCUGCUGACCAAAGGCUUCAUCAAUGAAAAGGAUCCCACACUGCCACCAUUUGAGGGAGAUGAUUUAAGGAUCCUGGCCCAGGAGAUCACCAAGGCCAGAAGCUUCCUCUGGCAGGCCCAAUCCUUCAGAUCCCAACUCCAGAAGAAAAAUGAUGCAGAACCAAAAGUCAGUCUUUCCUAGAGAAGUGUUCUCAGAAAUGUCAUCCUGCAAAGGACCACUCACUGAGCAAAUCUCAGCCCCGAGGGCAGGAUGGGAUGGAAUGCUGUGACCCGCAGGAAACAUGAUUCCUGGUACCAGGACUCUCUGGAAGCUGAGGAAGGAAAGACUUUGUCUUUUGUGUGAGGGGCCGUUCCCGGGUCUAAUCUAACUCUCCAGCCCUGUCCCGCAGCGCACUGUACUCUCCAGCCACUAGAUUGUCCCUUUCUGGGAAGCCCUAAACCAACCCCCUGCCUAAAUGGUGCUUCUUGCAAACCAACCCCCUGCCUGAACGGUGCUUCUUGCCCCCUCUGCCUGGAGACUCCUGCUCACCCAUCAAGGCACAGCUCAAAUGACAUCAGCUCCCUGGGACCUAUCUAGAGCGAGGCGCCUCCAGUCUUUCUCUUGCAGCAUCCUGACCACGCAGACCUCUCGCACUCAGCACUCCAUGUCACACCACCUUGCUCGCUGAUCUAACUCUUCUCCUUGACGGUGAGCUCCCUUGGGAUGAGACUGGUGUCCCAGGAUCUGCAGGUCCCCAGAAGCUGCCACAUAGGAGACACAUGGUGAACAGUAAGCAGGCGGCUGAGCUGUGAGAGCCUAGCUCUGGAAAGCAGCUGAUGGGGUGGUCUCCACCCUGGUUCAUAAGAGGCUAAUGCAGAGUCACAGUCAGCCCAUCCUGGGGGAAGAAGAACCAAGUGAGCCUCAGCACCACCCUCCAUCCCUGCCCAACCAAACUGAAGUGAAGGCUGCUCAUCUGGGGUCAUUUUCUAAAAUUAAAAACAAUUAAUUUUAUUCUACUAAUAGGAUCAACAUGACUUUAACUGU